AAAUUGUGGAUCCAGAACUGUACCAGAUGAAGGGGUGAACUCAUUUCAGACUCUCGGCCAGAUGUGCAACCAUUGAAUCUGAAGAAUGGCAGCCAGGUUACUCUGGGGCAUCCUCAGCCUACUGCGAGUGCUGUGGUGCCUCCUCCCUCAGACAGGCUAUGUGCAUCCGGAUGAAUUCUUCCAGUCACCUGAGGUCAUGGCAGAAGACAUCCUGGGAGUGCAGGCCACACGGCCCUGGGAGUUUUACCCCAGCAGCUCCUGCCGCACGGUGGUCUUCCCACUGCUGACCUCAGGCUCAGCCUUCUGGUUGCUCAGGCUCUGGGAAAAGCUGGGUCCAUGGCCUGGCCCGGUGAGUAGCUAUGUGCUGCUGGUGGGGCCCCGGCUCCUCCUCACUGCCUUCUCCUUUGCCCUGGAUGGGGCUGUGUACCAGUUAGCCCCUCUGUGGGGGGCAGAUCGCUGGAACGCCCUGGCCCUGCUGUCUGGCUCCUACGUCACCCUGGUUUUCUACACAAGGACCUUCUCCAAUGCCAUCGAGGGACUACUCUUCACGUGGUUGCUGGUCCUGGUGUCCCCUCAUGUGGCAUGGAACCCCAUGCCCAACAAGCCUAGCCCAGGGCCACAGUGGCACAGCUGGCUUCUUGGGGCCAUUGUAGCUGCUGGCUUCUUCAACCGGCCCACUUUUCUGGCCUUUGCUUUAGUUCCCCUCUUCCUCUGGGGCAGUCGCAGAACCAUGAACCCUGGUUUCAAAGCAUUGACCUGGGAGGCACUGGCACUGCUGCCUGGGGUGGCCCUCACUGCAGUGGUGUUUGUAGUCUCAGACAGUUGGUACUUCUCCAGCCUCUCUAGAUCCAGUAGCCUUGUCCUUACACCCAUCAACUUCUUGCACUACAACCUGGACCCCCAAAACCUCGCAAAGCAUGGCACACACGCGCGGCUCACUCACGUGGCAGUCAAUGGCUUUCUGCUCUUUGGUGUGUUGCAUGCUGAGGCGCUGCAAGCUGCGUGGCAAGAGCUGCAAGUAGGCCUCCGGGUCUUUGCGCAAAUGGGCCUCCAGAGGACACCAGGGGCCAGGGAUCUGCUGUGGAGACCCAGGUCUUACCUUCUUCUCCUCUACUUCAUACCCCUGGCCCUGCUAUCUGCCUUUAGCCAUCAGGAGGCUCGGUUCCUGAUCCCCCUCAUCGUGCCCUUGGUUCUGCUCUGUAGUCCACGAAUCCGACCUGUGCCCUGGAAGGGCACUCUGGUCCUCUCCAAUGCCCUGGGUGCCUUUUUCUUUGGCUGCCUGCAUCAGGGGGGCCUGGUACCAGGUCUAAAGUACUUGGAGCAGGUGGUCCACACACCUGGGCUCCCAAGUGUGUCUACCCACUACACACUCCUCUUUUCUCACACCUACAUGCCCCCUCAGCACCUUCUACACCUCCCUGGUCUCCACUCACCUGUGGAGGUGGUGGAUAUGGGUGGGACUGAGGACUGGGUCCUGUGUCAAAUGCUGAAGAACCUCACCAGACAACCAUCCUGCCAGGUAGCUGGUGGGCCAUGGCUCUGCCGCCUCUUUGUGGUGACCCCUGGGACCACAAGGCAUGCCGUGGAGAAGUGCAGCUUCCCCCUCAAGAAUGAAACACGCAUGUUUCCCCACUUGACCCUGGAGGACCCACCAGCCCUAUCCUCACUGCUGAGUGGGGCUUGGAGAGACUACCUUAGUCUUCACAUCAUGGAACUGGAGAAGACAUCUGAAAACACGACAGAGCAGCUGCUGCCCAAGAUCCAGCCAUAGGAGGUGUCACUUCACCUCCACAGUUAUCUGGGCUGGAAUAUUGCAACAAGGCCCUGGUUCUCCUUCAGGAUUCCCAUUGUCUCCUCUCUAGGCACAGCCAUUGAUGGUUUUGCUUUCUGAGUGAGCUCACGUACCUUUCCCUCAGACACCAAAGAUCUAACUAGUCAACAGUCCCAAAGCCAAGCUUCCCAAAGAAUUCCACUAUAACCAAUGGCACUGUCUGUUCCUGUCCUGUUCCUUUUGGCCACUGUAAUGUUUCAAAUGUAUAAUAGCACCUGGUUGUGAAAGACAAUGAACUGCUAAUAACAUUCCUGAAUGAC